UUUUCAAUUGGCUAAAAUAUGCGUUUAUUUCAAACGGAAUUCGAAAUGUUUUGUUCCGUGAGAAACAACAAUAAGACUUCUUUCAUUUGGAUCGGAGAAAAUUGAAAAUUGAGAUGCUGAAGAGAGCGGCGAAGAGCAGAGAACAUUGGAAUUUACAAGAGCGUGAGAACGCCUCCCAAAUGCCAGACACACAAACCGGUUUGCUGUGUGAGCCACUAACUGAGAUACAGAUUGAGCCGAACAUUCAGUUGGUUUUGGUUGAGGAACUGUGACGGAACAGAGCGCAUAACAAAUAUAGUUUGACGAAGUAGUUUUCUGUUUAUAUUUACCUGUUUGAAAGAAAUGCGAAAAGCGCAGGGUGUGUCGUUGGGCCCGGACAGACGCCUUGGCUUGGACGCCUCAGAGACGUAUUCAACGUCGAGCUCAUCGCUCAGCAGCUCGUUCAGUGAUGGCAGCGAUCUGGUCAACUGGGAGGAGUACGUGGCCGAAGACGGUAGCCUGUUCUAUGCCGAAUAUGUGCCCAGUGUCAAGGUGAAUGUGGCGGAGCGACGCGGCGAGCUGCUGCGCCGUUCACUGCGCCUGGGAAAGAAAUCAACGCGGCGGCAGCAGCAGAAUAGAGGCCAACAGGGCAAGCACAAUGGCAACCAAUACAACAGUAACAACAACAACAACCACAGCGGCGGGGGGCAGCAGCAGCAGCAGCAGGCACAGACCGAGCCAGAGAACGAUGCCAGCAACGGGUUCCGAUUCGCAGACAUUAAGAAUUCGCACGCCGAUGCCAGCAAUCAGAAGCAAUUGGAGCUGGUUAUAACGGCAACGGAUCGCUUCCGCUUUGGUCGUCGCUCCACCGCCGUCGAGUCCAUACUGGGCUUUCGUGUGCUGCCCUUUCCCGAUCAGCCCGAGUGCCUGAUGGUGGAUAGUUUUGUGCAUGAUAUAAGCGCCAUGCAGCAUAACAUAAAACGCGGCGAUUGGUUCAAGUCUUUGAAUGGCAUCGAGUUGUAUGCCAGCAAUGUGGAUGAGCUGCUGCAGCAGUUCCUGGAGCCCACCCAGGUGUGUCUGGGCUUUCAAGGCGUCAGCAUUGCCAGUCCCGCUGCCAGCACGGAUGAGGCCAGCGGCCAAGGUAAUCAAAUGCCGCAAGUGCGCAAAUUGGUCAACUUUGCCGCGUUUGCGGAUCAGUUCGAGCAGCUGCUGCCGCCCGCUGUGACUGUGCCGGACACGUUGACGCCCUUUGGCAUGCUGCUGCUGCCGCCGGAAUGCUAUCAGCAUGAUCAGCACAAGGAUUCGCUCUACUACUACCCAGAGUCGGCGCUGACCAAUUUCCUGUACAAGGCACGCGGCAGCUUCCUGACGCUCUGCUCUGUGCUCAACGAGCUGCAGACGGAGCCGUUGACAUCCCGGCUGCUGGUCGACCAGGUGCCCUACUAUGUGAACUAUCGCAGCUUGAACGGCUUCCUGGUGCUUUUCGCCUAUGCGGCGCGUUUAUAUAGCGCGGCCGAAUCCAGCUUGAGAUCGGAUGAGCUCAUCGGUUACAUUAGAUUCUCGCUGCCAGGUCUGAAUCUGGAUAACUUUUCCACUGCCAACGAUAGCUCCAACGGCCUGCGCCAGUUUUUGCGUCACUUUUGUGGCAUUCAACGAACGCGACUGUUGGCCCAGCCGCGUGGCGAGCUGCAGUUCGAGCAGCUGCUGAAGCAGUCGAGGAGCUUGCCCCUGCCGAAGGAGGCGCAAUUGCGCAUAUUUGAUGCUUUGAGCGAAAUGGAGGCCAUGGACUACCGCAACUGGAACGAUGAGCCGUUGACCACGCAUCGCGAAUUCUUUAUCUAUGGCUGCGCCCUGUACUAUGACAGUUUCCUGCUGGCCAGCCUGCUGCCCGCCGAGGUGCGCUUCAAUGUGGAGCUCUUCCUGCGCUGUCGCGGCAUAUUUGACUUUAUCGGAGCAGCGCCCACUGUCCGCGUCCGUGAGCUGUAUGUGUGGGAGGAGAUUGUCCUGGCCAAUGCAACGGGUCGCUACUUUCUGACAGUGUGCUCGCGCAGCCAUCUGAUCCUGACGGUCAUCCUUAAGAUGUACGUUGAUGCGCCCGAAAUGGAGGCCUUUACCGCGGUGCCGCCAUCCUUGUUCUACAUCGAGGAGAUACAGGAGACUUUGGAUCACCUGAUCCAGUGCGGCAUUGAAUCAUUGGCCAAGUUCUGGUCCAUAUCCAACAAGCGUCCGGAAGUGCUCGAUCAGCAGAAGCUCGAGCAGUCCGGCGAGGAGCAGGAGGCCAGCAGCAAACUGGAGUCGUUCCUCAAGCAGAAACCCAACACCUCACACUCGUCCGCCGCCAACGAUGAGGAGGCACAACUGUGCUCAUCCCUGGGCGGCUCAUCCAUACACAGUCUGACGCCGAGUGAGGACGAAAUGUCGCGCCGGCGUCUGACGCCCGCCGAUGACUCGGACAGCGGCUCGGACUGGGAGAACUUUGCGGAGCAGCAUCCGCUGCACUACGGCCUCAAUCUGAAUGCCGAGACCCAAAGCCAAAUAACAACAUCCCUCUGGAAGGAAAUCAACAAUGUGCUGCCCGUGAAAAUAUCCGCCGGCUGGAAGAACUCCGUGCUGCACUACGUUUACGUUGACCUCACAAAUGGCGUCCUGCUGUGCCCGUUCACAGCCAGCUCAGAGAGCUUUCCAUACCUAAGUGAGAUACGCAAGGCAUGUCAUAUGAUUCACCUGGUGCUGGAACGCUCGAAGCAUCAUCGCCGCCAGCAAAUGGCGGAGCCAGCCCGAUCCGCGAUGACACAUGCCAGCAAUGAUAUAACCAUUGUUAAGGAGCAUGGCAUUACCAUGGAAAUCGCCAAUCCCGCCAAGGAGCAUCCUGGCAAGCGUUUCGUUGUCGUUGGCCGACUCUUUCAAUCUCCGGCAAAGGAAGUGUAUGUGUGCCACGUUCCGGAGGUGCCACAAAAUAUGGUCGAAAUGGCAUUUCGCUUGUCCUUCUUCUCCAUGGGAUAGUCGAUGAUCAUUUUAACCAAUUUAUAGUAUUACAAAAUAAAGCUUAGAUAAUUGAAAAAUUAUCUAAUUUUUUAUCCCAUUUUACACACAGGAUGGUGAAGUGAAAUAAGCAAAAAUAUAAUAACUCAAAUGAA